GUAGCUCUCAUAUAAAUGAAAAGUAUUUUCCUCCGUGAAAUUAUCUAGUAAUGCAACGAAGCUAGCAGUGUUUUAUUCCAUAACGUUGUCGACACUGCUCAUCCGUUCAGUACAACACCUUUUCUUAUUUCGAAUUCAUUUUCAAUAUUCUGACCCAAAUUAAUUAUCACAAUUAUUUUGUUUUAAAUAAUUGAGACUAUUUUUGUUGUGAUUUUAAUUACGACAUUAAAUUGGGCAAAUUAUUUUUAGUGAGAAAGUGUUUUGAGUCCCUACCAUAUUUUUGACACAUGCGCUGAUUGGUGCCAUCAAAGUACGCGUAGCCAACAUUCCGAACAGUGUCGUUCCGGUCGGCGUUGUCGUGUGUCGGUGAAGUUUAGUGGUGGAAUUUUUACGUGUGUAACAUCAAAAAAUGGCGUCUGGUGUAACAGUCUCGGACGCUUGCAAAACGACGUACGAAGAGAUCAAAAAGGACAAGAAACACCGUUACGUGGUGUUCUAUAUCAGAGACGAGAAGCAGAUCGAUGUUGAGACCGUCGGCGAGCGCAACGCCGAGUACGACCAGUUCAUCGAGGAUCUGCAGAAAGGCGGCACCGGCGAAUGCAGAUAUGGCCUGUUCGACUUUGAAUACACGCACCAAUGCCAGGGCACAUCGGAGGCCAGCAAGAAACAGAAGCUUUUCCUCAUGUCGUGGUGCCCAGACACCGCUAAGGUCAAGAAGAAGAUGUUGUACUCCAGCUCAUUCGACGCGUUGAAGAAGUCGCUGGUUGGCGUGCAGAAGUACAUCCAAGCCACCGACCUGUCCGAGGCGUCCCAGGAGGCCGUCGAAGAGAAGUUGCGCGCAACCGACCGCCAGUAGUGCGCAUAUUCCAGGUCGCAGGCAUAUAUCACUCCUUAGCUUCAGUCAACGGCCGCCCGGGACCCUGUACAGAUCGGGACCCACACACCGGCGGCACAUAGCUAUUAAGGAUUUAUAAUAAUUUAAAUUAUACUAAUUAUAUCUAUAUUUUUUUUUCCUAUAAAUAACUAAAGAGUAAGUUAAGCUCAAACUAAAUUUAAAGGCGCGCGAGCGUUCUCGUCUAUAAAUACAGUGCCGGACGGCUUUUUAUACUGUUUAGAUUGUAAUAUAAAUGGUACGGAUUUAUACAUACGCCUAGUUUUUCGUUUGUACUUCAACUUGCUAACGUAAGCUUGUACCACGCGCGGCGAACGUUGAUUAAGUAUUUUAUACCCAAUAUUCUGAAAUACACUCGGUAUAAGUAA